AUGUCUGAUGAUACAGAUCCUCUCGGUAUCGUGUGGCUAUCGCAAGGGACAUGGCGACGCGAUUGGUGGAAGCGAUCUGAUAUUUUGACUUCCACGCAUAGGACAUGGCUUGCAGAAGACGUCUUCGGCCGGACGCUGCGGCAGGCUUUUCCGGCCUUCAAGUCGGCCUGGGACUCUUACUCUGCCGACGUGGAGAGAACGCGCCAAGCCCUGUUCGACCUAUACGUGACAGAUCUCAAGGACAACCUGGACCUUGCAGACGGCACGGAGGUGUACCAUGCUGUCCACCAGCAGUGGCAUCCCACCUUCCGCUCGAAGCUCUAUGCGCGCGGCUACUACGAUAUUUUCAUGUUUGACCUGGAUGGCAAUUUGAUUUAUUCCGUGUUUAAAGAGACGGACUACGCAACCAACUUCCGAGCAGAUGGCACAGGGCCAUGGAAAGACUCUGGGCUGGGCCAGGCUUUCCAGCAGGCUUUGGCAAGUCCAGAUAGCAUCACCUACAUAGACUGGGCUCCCUACGGACCCAGCGCUGGCGCAGACGCUGCUUUCCUGGCCACUGGUCUCCGCGACGAGGAUGGGGUCCUGAUCGGAAUCUAUUCCAUCCAGCUACCUCCUGAAUAUGAAAAGUCUAUCGAGGCAGACAAGCUGGAGUGCUCCUUUGAAGCCAUCACGAACGCUUAUGCAGGUGCCAUCAACAUCCAAGGCCCCCAGUGA